AUGAAGCCUCGCCGCUCCAGCUGCACCGACUCAGGAUCCGAGUCCUCAGAAGCGGACUCCAAGAGCCCCGAGAAACACGAGCCGGCCACACGCAGACGGAUGGCGGCCAACGCCAGAGAGAGGAAGAGGAUGCAGGGCUUGAACACGGCCUUCGAUCGAUUACGAAAGGUGGUCCCGCAAUGGGGUCAGGACAAGAAACUGUCCAAGUACGAAACCCUGCAGAUGGCUCUCAGCUACAUCGUGGCCCUCAACCGGAUCCUGACGGACGCCAAGAGGCGCCACGCCGCUCACAGGCAGUGGCUGGACUUGCAGUUUGAGUGCGUGCAGCCUGACGACUACCAGUACUUGACGCGGUACGAAUCCCAAGGGGAGGACUACAUCGCCUCGUCCUUCUCCUACCAGCUGGAUGGACACCAGCUCCACGCGUAG